AUGGAUGGACAGGCAAGUAACGUCACCGCUGACGUGAUUGAAGACGAGUACGUCAUUAACCGUAAUGACGUUUCCGAUGAGCUGAUGUCAGUGAUGAAGAGCCUGACGUCAUCGCGCAGAUACGUGCCGCAGUGGUACGUGUACGACACACGCGGGUCCGAGAUGUGUGAGGAACUGAUACAGAACUCAAAGACCUACAACAUCUGGCGGCACGAGUUCAACAUACUUCAGGCUCACGCAGACGAAAUCAUCGCCAAAGUCUCGUCCUCAGCCGUUCUCGUUGAUCUCGGCAGCGGAGGGUCCUCCAAAACGCGCCUGGUUAUCGAGGCUAUGCUGAAGCGACGCGGAAGACUCACGUUUGUGCCUGUAGACAUGGCGAAGGAGUUUAUCGAGUCCUGCGGCCGGCAGCUGGAGAGGGACUACCCCGGCCUGACCGUGGAGCCGUUCGGCGGGUUGUACAUGGACGGUGUGCGGCACGCUGCCGCCCGGGAGGAGGCAAAGUUGUUCCUGUUCCUCGGCAGCAGUUUCAGUAACAUUCCGCUCAGUGAGCAGGGGAAGAUGCUACAAGAGAUCCGGGCAAACCUGAAAGCUGCUGACAAGUUUGUGCUGGGGCUGGACAUGAACACAGACCGGGAGACCUUGUUACAGGCGUACGGGAAACAGUGGGCACCGAUAUGGCGAGAUAACCUCAUCGACCGUUUCAAUAAGGACUUUGACGGAGACAUGGACGCGGAGAAGUUUGAGUUUAAUGUCGACUUUGUGGAGAACCCUGCUGACGGAGACACGCCGAGCUACGUGGUCACGUAUCUCAGCAGUUCCGGCAAACAGCGGGUGCACUUUGACACGCUCGGCCUUGACAUCGACUUUGAAGACGGCGAGAAUAUUUACUUCUACGAGGGGCCGAACACCAGCUGCAAGUGGAACCUGGGACAAGUGCGCUGCCUGGUGGAGAAGAGCGGCUUUGCAGUAGAUGCCUACUGGACCAAUGAUGAGGACAAUUAUUGUGUCUUCUGCCUGGAGCCAACAGAUCUUCCUCCUGUAUAA